AUGGUUCCUGUAUAUAAUACCAUUUCACUAACUGCAGUACCUUAUUCUGUGAUAAAGAACAAGUCUAUGGGGAAGCUUAAAGUCACACCUGAUAACCAUCUUCUUCUGAUGAUUAUGAUAAAUACAGCUGGGGGUGUGUGUCGGCGACAUUUUGUUGAAUAUGUUGGUGUCAAUAUCCAAAAGAGACAUUUCCCAAGACAACCCUGGACGACUGCAGCAGUGCGUCCUUUGAGAUGGGCAUCGUCAUCUCAGACUGUCGUGAUUGAAGAUACACCCAACGAUAAACUUCUACGCAAAGUCUUUGAUGAUCAUCGGUUCUAUGAGAAGUUUAGAGGUAGCAAAGACACGAACUCCGGUCUUUUCCGGAACUCCUGGACCACUUCUGUCCGCCAGUUUCCGAAAUUUGCUGAUUCUUCAUUGGAAAGAGCCCAUAGUUUAGUAGAGUCCAUUGUUAAUGCCCGAACAACUCAACAAAGAGUACAGAUAGUCAAGAGAUUGGAUCAACUCAGUGACAUUUUGUGUCGGGUCAUUGAUCUAUGUGAAUUUGUCCGAGUAGUUCAUCCAACUUCAAAGUAUGUGAUUAUGGCCCAGGAAACCCAUGAGAAAAUGUUUGAGUUCAUGAACCAACUCAACACGCACGUGCCCCUCUAUGAAGCUCUUAGAGACACGCUAGAAGAUCCACAGUUGACCAAGCUUAUGACCAAAGAGGAAAUCAAAGUGGGGGAAUAUUUGAAGCAAGACUUUGAGCGUUCAGGUAUCAACAUGGACCCCACAACCAGAGACAACUUUGUUUCCAUCACCAAUGAAAUCAGUGUAUUGGGAUCUCAAUUCAGUGAACAGGUUCGUCUUAUGGCCCAUAGAGAAUGCAAGGUCCCGAAAUGGGCCGUGGAUGAAAUGAAGAACAUUACUCUUAAGAAUGAGAUCAUCUCUUACCAAAGUAUGUUUAAAGACACACAAGACCAUUACGUAAUUCCGUUCCAUCUGAAUGUUCCGUUUAAGAUCUUGAACGAGUGUGAUUCAAGAGAAGUCAGGAAACAAGUUUGGAUCGGGUUGCAUGACACUGUACCAGAACAAGUGGCAGUACUUGAAGCGUUCCUUAAAUAUCGAGCCGUUCUUGCCAAUAUGCUUGGGUACCGUUCGUUUGCUGAUUACCAAUUGGAAUAUAAAAUGGCCAAAACUCCUGAAAAUGUCCAAACCUUGUUGAAGAAUCUACAAGAAAGUUUACACUGUGGUGUGCAAGGUGAAUUGGCUCAAUUAUGUGUUGAUCUGGACAUUGAGAUCCGAGAUGUUAAACCUUGGGAUAGAGACUAUUUGGUUUAUCUUCUGGAGCAAAAGCAAUUAAGGGCCAACAUAGAUAAAUGGAACAAUUUACCCUCAAUUAAUGAAUACUUCUCCGUGGGGAAUGUGAUGGUUGGGUUGAAUAAAUUGUUCACUCAACUCUAUGGGAUUUCUUUGAUCCCCGUGCCAACGUGUACUGGUGAAACUUGGAAGGAGAAUCAAGUUCGGAAGAUCCUGGUGUUUGAUAUUGAAACACAGCAAACAUUAGGGUUUUUAUACGUGGAUUUUUGGUCUUCUAAAGUCCUGCCUUCUCAUUUCACCAUUGUAUGUUCACGGCAAUUGAACACUGACAUUGGUAGUGAGUCUUUAGAAGAAUUGACUAAGGAAGUUCAACUUGAUGGAGACUAUCAAUUACCGGUUAUUGCAUUGGUGUGUAAUUUUGCAGUAUAUGAUAAUAGUGACCCUACGUUAUUAUCAUUUGAUCAAGUGGACACUUUGUUCCAUGAAAUGGGCCAUGCUAUGCACUCAAUGAUAGGCAGAACAAACCUACACAACUUAUCGGGCACUCGAUGUGCAACAGACUUUGUGGAGUUACCUUCAGUGUUGAUGGAGUUCUUCAGUAAAGAUCCUCGGGUCUUGAUGAUGAUGGGAAGACACUACAAGACUGGAGAACCACUUAGUGAAACAUUGCUAAGCUUGCACAAGCAGAAACUGUCUGUUGGAAGCUUGCAACAAUGUGAAAAGUUUGUUCAAAGUAAAAUGGCUAUUUUGGAUCAAGCUUUACAUAAUGAUCAAGUGAUUCACCACUUAGAAGACUUUGACCCCGUCAAUGUGUACCACAAUUUAGAGCAACAAUCCAAAGUAUUCCCAGAUACUUACUCCACUUGGUUAGGGAAAAUCCCCCACUUGUUUUCUUACGGAGCAGUGUACUAUCUGUACUUGCUUGAUCUCACUAUCGCCGAAAAGAUAUGGAAUCAACUUUUUGCAGCCGAGCCCUUUUCUCGUCAAGCCGGUGAUAAAUACAAGCAAAGUGUUUUGGUUUGGGGAGGCACAAGAGAUCCUUGGGAAUGCUUAUCGGACGCUUUAGACACUCCUGAGUUAUCUCGUGGUGAUUCGCAUGCAAUUGAAAUCAUUGCAUCAAAAUAA